GUCGAGACGCUGAGGAAGGCUGGGAAGCGGGCGCUGGGCGGUGGCGUGGCUGGCGCGGCUGCGAUGUUCUGCCAGGUGGGAGCGCUCAUGUGGAUGCGAACGACCGUCAACUUCCAGUACGCCAAAGGGAUGGGGACGCUGGAGGCGCUGCGUCACCUCUACAAGGAGGGCGGCAUCCCUCGCUUCUACCGCGGCGUCGGCCCCGCCCUCAUCCAGGGCCCCCUCUCGCGCUUCGGAGACACCGCCUCCAACGCAGGCAUGAUUGCGCUGCUCGACUCGCGCGCAGAGGCGCAAGACACUCCCCACACGCUUCCACUGUCCUCGCUGCACCCCUUCCGCAUCUUCCUGAUGCCCAUCGACGCGUGCAAGACCAUCCUCCAGGUCGAGGGCGCCGACGGCCUCAGCAAGCUCCGCGCGAAGAUCCAAAAGGGCGGGGUGGGAGUGCUGUGGCACGGCUCGAUUGGCGCGAUGACGGCCACCUUCGUGGGCCACUACCCGUGGUUCUACACGUACAACUUCCUCAACGCGCAGAUCCCGCAGGUCGACCGCCACGCCCGCAACGCGCUGCUCGGCUUCUGCUCCUCCGCCGUCUCCGACACCUGCUCCAACUCGAUCCGCGUCAUCAAGACCACGACACAAACCUCGCAAGUGCCCAUCGGCUACGGGCAGGCGCUUCACGAGGUCAUUGCAAAG